AUGUUUUCAGCCAUAUCACGGUCUCGUACGUUUCGACCGGGUCAUGCUAUUUUACGUAAUAAUGCUUUGUCUUUUCGUACCAAUAUUUUACCAAAACUCUAUUAUCCGACCCUUGGAUCCGGUCCAAUUCGUAACAAAGUAACCCCAGUAAACUCUCGCGGAUCACUUUCCCCGAACGAUGCUUUUCUUCAAGGCAAUACAACGAAUUAUAUUGAAGAAAUGUAUGAGGCAUGGCUUAAAAAUCCCUCGUCCGUCGAUUUGUCUUGGCAAGUGUACUUCAAAAAUAUGGAUACUGGUGUAAGACCGAUGCUUAAUGUUCCGUUGACUGGUCCAGCCACGUCCGUUUCAACUGAUGUUUCUGGCACAUAUGAUAUAAGUGACCACAUGAAGGUACAACUCUUAGUGAGGGCCUAUCAAGUUCGUGGACAUCACAUUGCAACGUUAGAUCCAUUAAACAUUAUAAAACCGAAUUCAAUUCCGAAAGAACUUGACCCACAUUAUUAUGGUUUUUCAGAAAAAGAUCUCGAUAGGCAAUUUUCUCUAGGUCCUGGGAUAUUACCUGGAUUUGCUGGGACUGGUGAAAAUAAGACUCUCCGUGAAAUAGUUGAAUGUUGCAAAAAGAUUUAUUGUGGCACUAUUGGAAUUGAAUAUACUCAUAUUCUUGACCGUGUACAAUGUGAUUGGGUUCGCGAACGUGUAGAAAUUCCAAAACCAUAUAACUACUCAAGUGAAGAAAAGCGUAUGAUUUUAGAUCGGUUAAUAUGGUCUGAUUCAUUUGAAAGGUUUGUUGCUACUAAAUAUCCGACUGAGAAAAGAUUUGGCUUGGAAGGUUGUGAAAGCUUGAUUCCCGGCAUGAAAGCUUUGAUUGAUAGGUCUGUUGACCUUGGUAUAGAAUCAAUCGUGCUUGGUAUGGCGCAUCGUGGUCGUCUCAAUGUACUUAGCAAUGUGGUUCGCAAACCUAAUGAAUCCAUUUUUUGCGAGUUCGGAGGGUUUGUUGAACCUUCAGAUGAAGGAUCUGGUGAUGUCAAAUAUCAUUUAGGAAUGAAUUAUGUCCGACCAACUCCUUCCGGAAAGCGUGUACAUCUUUCUCUAGCAGCAAACCCAUCUCACUUAGAAGCUGUCGAUCCUGUUGUACUCGGUAAAACUCGUGCCCUUCAAUUUUAUAUGAAUGAUGAAAAAGAACGUCAUCGUGCUAUGGCUAUAUUAUUACACGGUGAUGCUUCGUUUGCAGCACAGGGUGUUGUAUAUGAAACGAUUGGUUUUCAUGAUUUACCAAAUUAUACGACGGGAGGUACUGUCCACAUCAUUAUAAAUAAUCAAAUUGGAUUCACUACGGACCCUCGAUUUGCACGUUCAACACCUUAUUGCUCUGACCUUGCUAAAGUAGUUAAUGCACCUAUUUUCCAUGUUAAUGGUGACGACGUUGAAGCUGUGAAUUUUGUGUGCCAACUAGCUGCUGAAUGGAGACAAACCUUCAAAAAAGAUUUUGUUAUUGAUAUUGUUUGCUAUCGUAAACAUGGUCAUAAUGAAGUUGAUCAACCUAGUUUUACUCAACCAAGAAUGUAUAAACAGAUUGCUAAACAAACGCCCAUACUUGAAAAAUAUGUACAAAGACUUUCUAAGGAAGGCACAUUUUCAAUGGAAGAUAUUCAAAAGCAUAAAAAAUGGGUGUGGGAUACUCUAGAAGAAAACUAUAAAAAAAGCAAGGAUUACAAGCCUACUAGUCGAGAAUGGUUAUCCAGUUCUUGGGAUGGAUUUAAGUCACCUAAAGAACUUGCAGAAGACACUACUCCUAUUUAUCCAACUGGAUCUACUCUUGAAUCGCUUAAACACAUUGGAGAGGUUAUUAGUUCGUAUCCAAAGAAUUUUAAUGUGCACUCGGGUCAUGUUAGGAUGCUUAAGGCUCGAGAUAAAUCAAUAAAGGAUGGCGCAAACAUUGAUUGGUCCACAGCUGAAAGCCUUGCAUUUGGUUCCUUGCUUCUUGAAGGAAAACAUGUUCGGUUAUCUGGUCAAGAUGUCGAACGUGGUACUUUUUCACAACGUCAUGCUGUUCUUCAUGACCAAGAAGAUGAGUCACAAUACGUUCCUUUGAAUGAUCUUCGACCCGGGCAAGCCCGAUAUGUUGUGUGUAACUCUUCGCUAUCUGAGUUCGGAACUCUAGGCUUUGAAUUUGGAUAUUCUUUAGUUAAUCCUAAUUCCCUUAUCUUGUGGGAAGCACAAUUUGGCGACUUUGCCAACAAUGCACAAUGUAUAAUUGAUCAAUUUAUUUCAUCUGGUGAAAAGAAAUGGCUUCAGCGCACUGGCUUAGUAGUUUUAUUGCCCCAUGGUUAUGAUGGGCAGGGCCCUGAACAUUCCAGUGGACGCAUUGAGCGUUUCCUUCAACUUUGUGAUGAUCAUCCCUAUAUUUAUCCACCUCCCGAUAAAAUGGCACGUCAACAUCAAGAUUGUAAUAUGCAAGUAGUAUAUUGUACAACACCGGCAAACUACUUCCAUGUAUUGAGAAGGCAAAUUCAUAGAGACUUUAGAAAACCGCUUAUUGUUUUCACGUCUAAAAAUCUUCUUCGACAUCCCAUGGCUCGGUCUACUCUUGAUGAGAUGGUUGGUGACACAUACUUUUCUAGAUAUAUACCAGAACCACAUCCGGAAACGCUAGGUUCAUCUGAAAAAAUUACACGUCAUAUUUUAUGCUCUGGACAAGUUUAUUAUGCCCUACUUAAAGCUCGUGAACAAAAUAAGUUGAACCAUAUUGCUAUCUCUCGGAUUGAACAAUUGAGUCCGUUCCCAUAUGACUUGCUAUCACAACAUGUCGACAAGUAUCCAAAUGCCAAACUUGUGUGGGCGCAAGAAGAACCUCUAAAUGCAGGUGCGUGGACUUAUGUAGCACCCAGAAUACGAACACUCUUGAACCAUUCCGAGCGUCAUAAAGGUAAAGCUGCUGAUCUUGUUAGUCGUCCACCGUCGUCAUCCCCUGCUACGGGAAAUAAAGCACAACAUAUUCAAGAGGAACAUGAAUUACUGUCUCGAGCUCUUAUUGGAGAAAUAGUUAAACCAACAGAUGUUGUUUCUGGUGUACCA